AUGGCCUCAAUCGAUAGGCUCAGUAGCUUGCCGGACGGCGUCAUAUGCCAUAUUCUGUCCUUCCUCCCGACAAAGCGCAGAGUGGCGACGAGCGUUCUCGGAAAACGAUGGAGGUUUCUAUGGGUCCAUGUACCCUGUUUGCAUUUCAAUUUCAGUGGAUACAAGUUCAGGAAAAAAGGAACACAAGCCUCGGACAUCAUCAACAGGGUUAUAUUUCGGCACAAGGCAAAAAUAAUGGAUACUUUAACACUCAAUCGCGUCAAGUAUAACGAGUAUCAAUUGGAGACAUGGAUUACGACCGCCAUGGACCGUAGUAUCCGGAAUCUUUAUCUUGAACUUAGCUUCGAUACAUUCCCUCGAUACCUCUACAACUGCAAAACCAUUGUCCACUUGAAGCUUGAAAACAAAAGAGCGUCACUCUCUGCUGUGAAAAAUGUGUCUCUGCCUAGCCUCAAGAAGUUAUAUGUUCAUAAUCUUGUAUGCGAAAAUGAUGAUGCACUUCCUCGUUUUCUUUCCGGCUGUACGUCACUCAAUGAGUUGAAUAUGGCAUUCUUGUUUGAGAAAGAUGAAGAUUUUGUGGGCUGCAUAAAUAUAUCAUCGCCCACGAUCAAGAUGCUUCAGAUCGCUUUUAACAAUUCGCAUCACUUUGAAUAUAGGAUGAUAAUAAAUGCCCCGGCCCUUAGGUAUCUCCAAGUGGAAGACUAUGACUUGGAGUGUAUAACAAUUCCUAUAACCAUUAUCUCCUUAGUUGAGGCGGACAUCAGCUUAAAACAUUAUCGCUUCUCAAAUCUCGAAACGAAUUACAAUUCCACGGUGGUGAAGUUUCUUCAUUCUCUGUCUUAUGUAAAGUGCCUAAAGAUAUCAGGUCGGAUAUUUGACGAGCCAACCAUUCGCACAUGCAAAAUCAAUAGCCGGGUCGGCAGUCCCUUCAGUGUCUCGACCUACCUCGGUCGCCGUGGCAUCCUCAGAACUGAGCCGAUCAGCAGUCUCAAUACACGGACCUUUUUCGAUCACCAGGGCCUCCUCGAGUUUGAUACCCCAGUCAAGGCCUCUGCGGCAUCUUGA